ACAGCCUUGAACAGUUCGAGCAGAAGUGUCACGAUUUAUCCUGACAGACAACAUUAUUUUUCAUCAUUCUGAUUGUAAAUCGAUGUUUUAUUGAGUGAAACCUCGAGUCAAGGCAGUCUGGGUUUAUCUGUACCCUUCUCCUCACUCGGAAUUCUAAGAAUCGGACCGGAUCGGAUUUGGGUUAAACCGUGAGGAGUCCCAAAGACGUCCUUGUGUUGGGGAAGGUGUUCGUGGAUCCCGCCCAGGUCUCGCGCCCACCGGUUAUGGCUCGGAUGAGUCUCGGAUAAAAUGCCCGCGGCGCCGUCGGCGCGCCUCCCGCUCUGUGGCGCAACAUGGCACGCGUAAAGAUGGGUCCGUUCGCACUCCUGUGUCUCCCCGCGUGCCUCCUCCGCGUGCUCGUGCUCUCGCACAGCGGCGUCCUCCACGAGCGCUCGGUGGUCCCGCGCGCCGCCUCCCGCUCCGUGGCCCGCAUGGACGGCGACGUCAUCAUCGGCGCGCUCUUCUCCGUCCACCACCAGCCGUCCGCCGAGAAGGUGGCCGAGCGCAAGUGCGGGGACGUCCGCGAGCAGUACGGCAUCCAGCGCGUGGAGGCCAUGUUCCACACGCUGGACCGGAUCAACGCCGACCCCGACCUGCUCCCCAACAUCAGCCUCGGCUGCGAGAUCCGGGACUCGUGCUGGCACUCCUCCGUCGCCCUGGAGCAGAGCAUCGAGUUCAUCCGGGACUCCCUCAUCUCCAUCCGGGACGACAAGGACGGGUCCAAGUGGUGCAUCGACGGGACCCCGUCCAAUCAGCCGCCGCCGUCCAAGAAACCCAUCGCGGGGGUGAUCGGCCCCGGGUCCAGCUCCGUGGCCAUCCAGGUGCAAAACCUCCUGCAGCUCUUCAACAUCCCGCAGAUCGCCUACUCCGCCACGAGCAUCGACCUGAGCGACAAGACCCUGUUCAAGUACUUCCUGAGGGUGGUCCCUUCGGACACCCUGCAGGCCCGGGCCAUGCUGGACAUUGUCAAGAGGUACAACUGGACCUACGUGUCUGCGGUCCACACUGAGGGGAACUACGGCGAGAGCGGCAUGGAGGCCUUCAAGGAGCUGGCCUCCCAGGAGGGCCUGUGCAUCGCCCACUCGGACAAAAUCUACAGCAACGCCGGCGAGAAACACUUCGACCGGCUCCUGAGGAAACUGCGGGAACGUCUCCCCAAAGCUCGCGUGGUGGUGUGUUUCUGCGAGGGCAUGACGGUCCGYGGCCUCCUGAUGGCCAUGAGGAGACUCGGCGUGUACGGGGAGUUCCUCCUGGUUGGCAGUGAUGGAUGGGCUGACCGCUACGAGGUUGUAGAAGGUUACGAGCAGGAAGCGGAGGGAGGAAUCACCAUGAAGCUGCAGUCAGAGGUGGUCAAGUCCUUCGACGACUAUUACCUGAAGCUGCGUCUGGACUCCAACAGGAGAAACCCCUGGUUCGCCGAGUUCUGGCAGUACCGAUUCCAGUGUCGCCUCUCGGGCCAUCCACAAGAGAACAAGAACUACAAAAAGAUCUGUUCUGGAAAUGAAAAUCUCCACGAGAACUACGUGCAGGACAGUAAGAUGGGCUUCGUCAUCAACGCCAUCUACGCCAUGGCUCACGGCCUUCACGACAUGCACAGGGAGGUUUGUCCGGGCCAGACGGGACUCUGCGAGGCCAUGGACCCCAUCGACGGAAGCAAGCUGCUGGAUUACCUGCUCAAGACGUCCUUUCGAGGCGUCUCCGGCGAGGACAUUUAUUUCGAUGAAAACGGAGACACCCCAGGCAGGUAUGACAUCAUGAAUCUACAGAACGUGGGCGACGAUCGCUUUGACUACUUAAAUGUGGGGUCCUGGCAUGAGGGGGUCUUGAGCAUCGAUGACAACAAGCUAUGGAUGAACAGCAGUGACAUGGUUCGCUCGGUCUGCAGUGACCCCUGUUCCAAAGGACAAAUAAAGGUGAUAAGGAAAGGCGAAGUGAGCUGCUGCUGGAUUUGCACGACAUGCAAGGACAACGAAUAUGUCCAGGAUGAGUUUACCUGCAAGGCAUGCGAGCUGGGAUGGUGGCCCGAUGAAGAACUGGCAGGCUGCCAACCCCUGCCUUUGAAGUAUCUUGACUGGGCAGAUGUGGAGUCCAUAGUUGCAGUCGUUUUCUCCUGUGUGGGCAUCCUGAUCACCUCCUUCGUCACCUUCGUGUUCAUCCAGUACCGUGACACACCUGUGGUUAAGUCCUCCAGCAGAGAGCUGUGUUACAUCAUCCUGGCAGGUAUAUUCCUAGGCUACAUCUGUCCGUUCACCCUGAUCGCGCGUCCCACGGUGGCCUCCUGCUACCUGCAGCGUCUCCUGGUCGGCCUUUCGUCGGCCAUGUGCUACUCGGCCCUGGUGACUAAAACGAACCGGAUCGCCCGCAUUCUGGCGGGCAGCAAGAAAAAGAUCUGCACCAGGAAGCCACGCUUCAUGAGCGCCUGGGCUCAGGUGAUCAUUGCUUUCAUGCUAAUCAGCGUGCAGCUAACUCUGGAAAUAACGCUCAUCAUUCUGGAGCCUCCUGAGCCCGUCAAGUCCUACCCGAGCAUUCGCGAGGUUUACCUCAUCUGCAACACCAGCAACAUMGGCAUGGUGGCGCCACUGGGCUACAACGGCCUGCUAAUCAUGAGCUGCACCUACUAUGCCUUUAAGACAAGAAACGUCCCUGCCAAUUUUAACGAGGCGAAAUACAUCGCCUUUACAAUGUACACUACCUGCAUUAUCUGGUUGGCCUUUGUGCCGAUUUAUUUUGGCUCCAACUACAAGAUCAUCACCACGUCCUUCUCCGUCAGCCUGAGUGUCACAGUGGCGCUGGGCUGCAUGUUCACCCCCAAGAUGUACAUUAUCAUUGCCAAACCAGAGAGGAAUGUCCGAAGCGCCUUUACCACAUCCGAUGUGGUGCGAAUGCAUGUUGGUGAUGGGAAGUCUGCGGCUCAGUGUGGCAGCAAUAGCUUCCUCAAUAUGUUCCGCCGGAAAAAGGCUGUGUCUGGAAAUGCCAAUUCUAAUGGCAAGUCUGUGUCAUGGUCUGAAUCAGGUGCAAGACACCCUCCGAAAGGGGGGAAUGUGUGGCACAGACUGUCUGUGCAUGUGAGGAAACAGGAAGCCGGCUUGAAUCAGACAGCGGUCAUCAGGCCCCUAACUAACACCCCCGACCCCCACAGUUCCGAGCCCUCCGCCGACAACCUUGGCACCGACGCCCAUCUCCCCCAGGAGCMACCCGGCAGUAAGCCUCUGCGCAAUCUGGUAGAGGAAGACGACGAGGGCGACGCGCAACGCCCCCUCUGGACUCCCUCGGAACAGAUUCAAGGACUCGAUUCGGACUUGGACGAGCCGGCUUCUUAUUUGCCCCACAACUUGAAACGGCCCAACCCCGAGCCCUCCCAGGGACGUACGGUGAACACGCACAGCUCCCACGUCCCUGGACUGAACGACCACACUGCCAGGGAGUCGCACCCUGCCAAGAAGCCUUUGAGCUUAAAACCAUCUCAGCUUCCUUCAGCCUCGCAAGUGGGGGCCUUCAACGAGGAGGAGUCUGAGGAUGAGGAACUGGACCUCUUGCACAGCUACAUCUAUGAUGCCAAGGAGGAGAGGGAKGGGGAGGACGGAGAGGGCGAAGAGUUGAUCCGACACAAGGCAACUCUGGAGGAAUCCUUACCUCUGUCUCCCCCCUCGCCCUUCAGAGACUCUGUGUGUUCGGGGGAGUCUGUCGACGGCUCGCCCACCAUCGAGUCGAUGCUCGGUAGCUCCGUCUACGGCUCUAAUAUCCUGCAGAAUUUCGCACAUAGCUCCUCGACACUGUGAGAGCAAAACGGGCCCCGACUCAUCAGUCGCACUGAUCACAAAAACAAAAAGAAUUCCAAUUGUUUAUUAGGUGACCUACUUGCUUGUAUUUACUACUUUUAUURGUAGAUGGUUUAUUCAAAUAGAGAUGCACCUCAAUGUAGAAGCGCUUAAUGUUUUUGAAGGGCUGCCAGUGCACUUUUGGGAACAUGUAAAAGUGAGAACGGUGCCAAAAUGAGCCAACUMCAAUGCCAAAUUUUUUCAUAAAUGACACAACAAGGAAUCAAUAAAGGCUGUAGCUCUGGUUUUGACAGUGGCAGCACAACUGAAUGGUUUCUGUGGACCAAAAAUUGGAAAUAAGUAACAAGAAGUCACAUCAACAUUAAAAUGACAAGGUGGUAAAUUUGGUAAAUGGUAAAUUUUGCAGUUAAGUGUUAUGAGUUGCAUCAACAUAGAGAUAAAGACUUGAGCUGUAUAUUAUGUGAAAUGGUUAUAAUGUGCCAAUCGAACUUUUGAACAACCAACAUCCMUGCUUUUAAUUUUUUUUAAAUAAUGUAGCUGAGAAAUAAUUGUGUGAUUGUAGAUAUAAUGGCGAUGUUUAUUCUGUUUAUGCUAAAUGACAGCCCUGAGAACAAGUUUUACAAAUAUUGGGAUGUGCAAAAAGAAAAAAAAUGCUUUUGCGUUUCAUGCCGCGGUAAUAUUUUUCACGUUUUCUGGGUUUGCCGUGUCAUUGUAAGGGAAAACACAGUACAAGUUGUUCAAAUUUUCAAAGUUUGUAAUACUAUUAAGCCAUCUCUUGUUUUUCACACAAGUGGUAUGUUUGUAAUACGGAUAAAUGUUUCUAUAUUUAGAAUGUCAGCAGAAAAAAACAGUUUAUACACUUUGAAACUGUCUUCUGAUAUUUGUUAAGGUACAGUGUGUUUUAAUUAUUAUUAUUAUUAUUAUUAUUAUUAUUAUUAUUAUUAUUAUUAUUUGAUAUUUUUAAGCCAACUCAAGUUGACUGCAUUCUCUUUAAAAGGGUUUUGUUGUAAGCAUAACCACUGAUUAGCUGCUUCCUGUAAUAAGAUUAUAAAUGUUUCAGUUGAGCUUAAAUCUUGCUAUAAACUUGAGUAGUUCAGUUAAGGUUAAGUUUCUUAGGUUUUUAUUUAAUCACUAAUAAUAAAAAUCAUUUCAGAGUACGCGACUACACGGUACAUACUGUAGUGCAAAUGUAUUGUAAUUCCCAAUGGUUUUUAGUUGAUUAUAGUGCAAUUGGUUUAAUACUUUUAGCUCAUGUAAACAAAACAAGGUGCCACCUGUUUGAACACUGUUGACUCYAUAAUAGGCCUUUUAUUGUUUUGGGUGAGCUGGAUAUGAACAAUGCUGUAAAAUAAAAUUAUUUAUAUUAAGAAGUCUGAUCAUUGCCUACAGUAGCCUGAUGCCAAAGUUGUCUCAACUCAAUGAAGAUCCAAUAAUUUGAAACACUUUUCUUUAAGGCAGUAGUUCUGAUGAUCGAUUUCCAGGAAGAUAAAGGUUUAUAAUUAAAAGAAUUAUUUAUUAAAACAAAUUUUAAUAUAAAUGGUAGAUUUUGRAGAUUAUAUGUUAUUGUAGUUAUUGGUAUUGCUAAGUGUCUGGACUAAUUUUUA